ACAUGGGAGAUGGGGCUGUCCACGACACUCGACAGUUAGGAGGUUACAUGACCCUUUUACAGUGCUGGAUCUACGAACACUUCCCUAGGAUCUGUAAGCGGGGCGAUAGAGGUGCGGUUCCUGCACAUCUUCCAAGAGCAUGUAGGUGGAUUGCAAAACAUGCUGUUGAAGGUGGAUUAGUGACCUAUCGGCAGAGACUUGAUGCUUUGUUGCUUGAGGAUGUAGUGUUUACACCAUAUGAUGAUGAUCGAGCUAAUCAUCUGUUUGAAGAUAUUUCGAUGUUCUCAGGUUAUCUUCGAUGUGCUGGAGUCUCAGUCCCAUAUUUGUCGGAGCGAUGUCUUCGACAAUUUGGUCGUAUUCAGUGCAUCCCGCUUGAUGUUCCUCCUAGGCCCAACAAUAUAGAUUGGGUGUGGCAGACUACUAUGCAGUCAUCUGUAUCAGCGUUUCGAAUGCUAUAUCAUGUUGCGAGUUUUCUUGGAGAGGUCACUACAGACUAUUAUGCAUGGUACAUGUCUGUGUCACAUCCUCUGAUCAUUCCUCGGUCUACUGCACAUGCGGGUACAUCCUCUGACCAUCCAUCUGACCAUCCAUCAUUUGCUGCACACGUGGGUACAUCAUCUGCUGCACAUGCUGGUCCAUCAUCUUCUGACAGCUGA